UGGUCCUUCGUCUACAAGGCCGGGCUCCGCCAGUACCUGCAGUCAGACGCAGCCAAGGGUCUCGUAUCACUCCGCUUGGAGGCCUCGGGCACCUCCAAGAUCACCGACGCGCUCUGGCGCGGCCUCUGCGGAGAGCAGCACAACCUCCCGGAACUCCAGCAGUUGACUCUGCGCAAGAUUCCGGACCUGACGCCCAAGGCGUUGUGGUGCAUUCUUCGCACUCGCCAUGCGUCCGGGUGCACUCGCCCGCUCCUCGUGGAAUGGGAGGGCUGCGAGAUCCCUUCCAGCGUUGCGAAUGAGGCUCGUGAGCUAGAGAUUUAUAUCGAGAAGUCUAGUUUCUUUUCGGCGCGCUCAAUUGGACAGUCUACAGUCUUACCAUAGGCCUAGUCAUAAAUUCUCGUCACUCUAUGAUACCCAUUUCGCGCUGUACGGUUCGUG